UGGCUGAGCUUGCAUCCAAAGUAUCGGACCGUCUUCUGUCAGACCAUCGAUCAGCUGUUCUAUGGAAGAGGCCCGUUGGCUAUAUGUGAAAGACACUAUAUCGCGCUAAUGGCUGCGAGUAGACAUCGGUGUCAUUUUCUGAUGGAUUUGCAUACGCGUGAGUUCGAGCGUACUGGUGGAAAACGGGAAUGGUUGAAGGGUUUGGUGAAUGCUCCAAAAAAAAUCCAGAAUCUCGAUGCACUGAGCACUGUUCUUGCUCAUCAGCCAUGGUCAACCACCGUUGAUCAUUUGACGGCUGAUCGGCCACCAAUGGAAUAA